AUGACGAAUGAAGGCGCCAUUGCAACCCCCUACGACGUGUUUCUCAGUUAUAGCAACGAUACCCGCCUGAGCUUCACAGCUAAUCUCUACCAUACUUUGCGCGACAAGGGAAUCAAGACAUUCCCCGUAGAUGAUGAUGACGAUGACGAAGACGAUAGUGAUGAGCUACUCAGGCGUGUCAAAGCAUUGGAAGAAUCAAGGGUUUCGAUUGUUGUUCUCUCCAAAGACUAUGCAUAUUCCAUGCGGUGUCUUGAUGAACUUGUCAAGAUCAUUGACUGUAAGAAGCGCAUGGGCCAGCAGGUUUGGCCGAUCUUUUACGGAGUAGAUCCAUCCGAUGUAAGAUAUGAGAGAGGUAGCUAUGGCCAAGCCAUGGUAGCACAUGAAGAUAUGAUCAACAAAGACUAUAUGAAAGUGCAGGAAUGGAGGACAUCUUUGUCUGAAGUCGCCAACUUAACUGGAUGGCAGUUGAAAAUUGGGUCUAGAAAUGAAGAGAACAGUAGCAAGAGAAGAAAAGAUUACCGAGAGAAUAAUAGAAGAAAUGAUGAUUCCAGAGGAUAG